AUAUGGCAGCCCCCGGUAACCAGGAAGUUUCGUAAAGUUUGCCUUGGCUUUUCUUGCUUAUUGUCGUGUUUUUCGGUGGAUUGGUGGGCUUAAAACAGGCUAGUCUUGUACACAGUAUUCUUUAUGUAAUGAGGCUUUUAAAAACGCAUUUUUAGUCAAGUAGAUAUUCAAUAUGUUCGUGUUUGGGCGAACGGCAGGGUCUGUGUUCUGCUCGGUCGGAAAACAAUCUUGGCCACAAACAGCAGUGAGACAGUUUAGGUUUACUACGAACGGAAAACUACCUCAGAACGUAGAGAAAGGACAGAGGAGACUCUUGCAGGUGCGGAGAUCUGCAGGUGAUGUCAGGACAGCUGUAUCAGCAGGUGCCGCCAGGUGUUUUCACACCUCAGCCAGGUGUUCAGCCCCGCCCCUCUUUUGGCUCCUCUUCAAACCGAUCGCCAAGAUUUCAGCUGUUAUAAGUGGGCGGGUGUUCAGGAAGUGGUGGAAGGUCCUUCCUAAGGAGAAGCGAGGAGACAUAUUUGCCGGCCACCUGAGGAGACACUAUGGAAAGUACCUGGGGAUGGCGGCAGUCAUCGGUGGCACCGUUACUGUGUACUACUUCACUCACCUGCAGCGCACACCUAUAACCAACAGGGAGCGCUUCAUCGCAUUCACAUCAGACCAGUUCAGCAGUAUAGCAGAUGUGGAGUAUAACAUGCAUUUAGAGCAGUUUGGAGAAGACCUGGUCGGCCCUGACCACCCAGGGUACCAGCUUGUGUCCAAUGUCACCAACUGGCUGGUCAAGAACAAUCAGGACAUUCCACAGGUCAGAGACAUCACCUGGACAGUACAUGUGGUCAAUCAACCGGUCAAGAACGCCUUUGUUCUACCUCAUGGACAGAUCUUUGUGUUUGGAGGGAUGUUGGAGACUGUGACCAACCCUCACCAGCUGGGUAUCAUCCUGGGGCAUGAGAUGGCUCAUGCUAUCCUGGGUCAUGCUGCAGAGCAGGUGAGCUUCCUACAGUUGGUGGACUGCCUGUCCAUCUGUGUUGUGGCUGCCAUCUGGGCCUUCUUCCCUUCUGACUGGAUGGCUCUGCUGUCACACUGGCUACAGAACAAGUUUGCAAAGCUGCUGCUGGAGAUGCCUUACAGCAGGAUGCUGGAGACAGAGGCAGAUGAAGUGGGGCUGCAGCUGGCUGCCAAGGCCUGCUUUGAUGUUCGUGAGAGUGCUGCAUUCUGGGAACGAAUGGCCCUUCAGGAUGACAUGGAUGAAAAGCUGGACCUGGACUGGCUGUCCACACAUCCCACACAUGAUACGAGAGCACAGCACCUUGAACAGCUGCUGCCACAGGCCAUAGAGUUGAGGAAGUCCUGCCAAUGCUUGCCCUUGAGUUCCGAAGAUCCCAUUCUUCCCUUCCGUACGUUGAGAGAGGGCCUGAAGACGGGUGCAGUCCAGACUGCCAAAGUGCUCAUCAGGAAUCCGCUGCUCGAGACUACAACUCAGGGAGCACCUGUCCGCGCAAACAAACUCACUGAUGAAAAGUCCUCAUAGUUUAUCUCUCAAUCACGAGUUAUUCACUUACAUGUGCUGUAUAUGUCUUUUUAUGUAGAUUUUUAUGUGUGCAUUUUGAGCAUCAAUACGAAAUAAUAUAUUAAGGCUAAACUGUACAAUGGUUUGUAUGAUUGAAGUGUGGAUAGUAAGUUUUGGAGACAAAAUUGACAUAAUCAUGUUGUUUUAAUGUGUGAUUUAAGUUAUGUUACAAGCAAUUCCAGAUCAAAACAGUGUUUAGUAGUAGUAGUUAAUAUGAAAGUUAUUAUUUUGUUUAAAAUGAAUGGAAAUGAAAAGGAAGUCUUAAGCCAAACAAGAAGGGAAUGCAAAAUAAAUGAGCAUAAAAAGAGCUAGAAUAUAUGGACAAAUAUGUUAACCGGUAAAAGACAUUACCCCUUUUCCUACUGUAGAUUUUACACAGUACUGCUAUCAUGUAUCAAGAAACAAAUCCAUAAGUUUGAUCUGUAACUUUUUAACUUCACAAUUAAUCAUACUUUUGGAAGUAGUCUUUUGAGAUUUGUGAUUUACCUAGGAGGUAUUUUUGAAUUGUAAUAAACUAUAUUCUCUCUAAA